CUUAUUUCGUCGUUCUAGGAGGAAGCUCCGAGUUAACUUCUCGACUCGUAAAUAGUUCGCGGCGAGGCGAGCUCGCUGUGCGAGUCUGUUUCGCGUCUCGAUAUUCCCGAGUGCGCAUUUCGCUCGAAUUUCCAACAAACGUCGUCCUCUCGAACGAAGUAUCUGCAAUACAGAAGGAUAGUCUACGUUCUCGCGAAUUCUUUGACGCGAGGAAUAAGUCUGCCGGGGAGAAUAGAAAUCUCAAUAAACGUCUACUACAUCGUCGAAGGGUGUUUUGUGUGCGUGCGUGCGUUCGGUUUUCCGCGUGUAUGCGUGCGUGUCUGUCUCUCUCGCGUGCACGAGACCGGAAGAGUCGGCCCAGAAUUGGCCGAAACAGAAAGACGGAACGCGCGUGUGUGUGUGUUCGGCGGAGAGCGUGUAUCGUCGCUGGUGUAUGCGCGCGCGCGUUUCUGCUCGCUAGGAUUGGAAGUAAAAGAGAAAGAGAGGGAUAGACGAUGCGAGAAGGAGCGCUGACAAAGUUGGAGUAGAGAGAAGGAGAGAUAUAGAAAACGUUAAAAAGGUGCUGGGUGGUAGCACGCGCGCGAGAGAGAGAGAGAGAGAGAGAGAGAGAAGUGUGUCGCGACGUCCAAAGGAGUAGAGGAGCUUUCUUUUUCCUCUUCGUAAGAGUGGAUCGAAGUAAAGAAGAAGAAGAAGAAGAAGAAGAAGAAGAAGAGAUAGAGAGAAAGCAGAGUGGGUGGGGUGUCGAAGCCGUAGAGGCGUGAGAGCGAGAGAGAGAGAGAAUACCGAGCGGAAGAGUAGUGGAAGGAUGCAAACGGUGCUGUGUAAACACGCGUCCUGGGUUGCGUCUGGGUUGCAGUUAGACGUGCGAGAAUCGUGAAUUCGAAGCGUUUCUCUAGAUCGUACCGAGACACCACGGAAGAAGGGAAAACGGUGAAAAGGAAAAGCGAAAAGUAACGGUGAAACGGUAAUAAAGGAGGAGGAAGAAGAAGAAGGAGGAGGAAGAGGAGGAGGAAAGGAGGGAGAGGGAGAGGGAGAAGUCGGCCGAGCAACGGCGUCAGGUGACGCGCAUUGCUCCACACAGCGAGUAAGCGCGCCUAUAUAUGAAUUCGUUUUACAAAUGACGGUGUAUCGCGGCGAACGACUUUGCUGUUGUUGCUGCUGUCGCUGGCUGGAUCAUCGGUCGUCCGCUUAGCUGAGAUCGUAAAAGCCUCGGCGAGAUGCAUCGUAGGGUGGGAUACAGCAACUACGAUGGCAAGAUCGCGGGCCUUUACGACCUGGAAGAGACUCUUGGUCGUGGACACUUUGCGGUGGUUAAGCUCGCUCGACAUGUCUUCACCGGAGAGAAGGUUGCAGUGAAGGUCAUAGACAAGAGCAAACUCGACGAGGUAUCUAGGGCGCAUCUUUUCCAAGAGGUGCGAUGCAUGAAACUGGUGCAACACCCGAACGUAGUGAGACUGUACGAGGUGAUAGAUACGCAGACGAAGCUGUACCUGAUCCUGGAGCUGGGCGAUGGAGGUGACCUUUACGACUACAUCAUGCGCCACGACAGUGGACUCAGCGAAGAGGUGGCCAGGACGUAUUUUCGACAGAUAGUCCGUGCUAUAUCCUACUGUCAUCGGCUGCACGUCGUUCACAGGGAUCUCAAGCCGGAGAACGUUGUCUUCUUUGAGAAACUUGGUACCGUCAAACUCACAGACUUCGGUUUUAGCAAUAGAUUUUGUCCUGGUCAAAAGCUCGAAACUUCCUGCGGUUCUUUGGCUUACUCGGCACCUGAAAUACUUCUUGGCGACAGCUACGACGCUCCUGCAGUUGAUGUCUGGUCGCUCGGAGUGAUACUGUAUAUGCUGGUGUGCGGACAAGCACCGUUUCAAGAGGCGAACGACAGCGAGACGUUGACCAUGAUCAUGGAUUGCAAGUAUUCCAUUCCAGCUCACGUCUCCGAAGAUUGUAAACGUUUGAUCGCUAGGAUGCUCGUUAGAGAGCCCGAAGGAAGAGCCUCUCUCGAAGAGAUAGCUGCUGAUACUUGGUUAGCUAUAGGAUUGGACACGGAUUCCGUGGAAGCGUUACCUCUAGUUUCUCGUCAACAAGUAUCCGACGAUCAUCAUAAUCUUAUUAUUACUAAAAUGGUUAACGGUAACAUCGCCACCAAGGAGGAAAUAUUAGAAGCGUUAGACAAGAACGAGUAUAAUCACAUAACGGCGACGUAUUUCCUGCUGGCCGAGAGAAAAUUGCGAGCUCAUAGACAGGAACAGGUGCAGAAGGCACGUCCCGAGAUACUCGAUGUUUCUCCCAGCAGACAAGAGGAGGCAACGGCGAAUCUGCACGUUAAUCAGAAUUUACUUGGUACGGUGAAUCAAUCGUUGCUGAGUGUUCCACGCACGCCUGGUGACGUACCUCAGAACGUACGUACGAGAAAGUGCAGCAUCGUGCAAGAGGAGGAAGACGAGGACGACGUUUCCUCGUGUUCCGGAAGAGAAGAACGCGGUAGCAACUCGGCCUUGAACUCGUUCAAUCGUCGUGGCUCUCGUUCGGAAGGGAAGCUCUCUCACAUCCUGCAAGAAAGGCUGGGACAACUCCCAGAGAAACAUCCUGGGCACAAAAUGGCUGGAGCCACGUCGCGGCUCGCGACGACCCAACAAGAUUGCUCGAACGUCGCCGUUGUGCCCGAUCGAGAAGAAUCGAAGUCGUUGGUAAAGUCGUUCGCGAAGGACGCCAAUCGUCGUUCGAACGUAGCCGUCGUUGUCCAGCAAGACGACAACGUGGUAUUCGAGAAAGUAGUAGUACCUGGUGCGACGAAAGUAUCCUCGAUCUUCGAUGAAAGUUUAAAGUCUAAAUUUAGUACCUCGAUCGUUCAGUCGUCGGCUUGGUCGAAAAAGCCAGGCAGCGUCGAGAGUAGACCAAAAUCCGUAACGGAAUGUACGAGAUCUUUAGGGCCCGUUCCAGCGAACAAGUGGAGAAUGGGUGCGCAGCAUCGUUCAACGGGACACAGUUUGGAAACGUCCGCGAUGUCGCCGCCUGUCUCCAGACCGUCUGAUUUAGUUUCCACGACGACGAUCCUAACGGAAUCGUCGACGGUCUCGAUCCCUCUUCGUUCGAGCGUACACGACGAUCAUCAAUCCUCGAUGCCAAAAUAUAAGACGAUGCCGUCGCCCGGUAGUGCAGGUUCUAUGUCACCUCCGCAGCUGACGUUGAACGAGAUACUGGAGGACGGAGACGCGAUGCAGCCCUCGGCGGUGGGUUCGGGCGAGUCUACCAACAACGCGUCCGCCGCCAAGUGUCGGGUAGUAAGACGGACGGGAUACGAGCAGAGGAGGAGCAAGUUUCAUAAAACUAGGACGGCUUCGUGUUCGAGCUCGGACGCGAGCGACGACGACAGCGAGAGUAGGAAGAAGAGAGCGCAUAAGCUCGGCGCGACGACGGAGAAGCCUCUGCCACCCAGACGAGAUAGUCACGACGAUUCUAGCGAUUCUCAGGAUCCUGGAGGAAGCGGAGGUGGAGGUGGAGGAGGCGGAGGCGGCGGCAUCGGAAACGGAGAACACACGAGCGAAACGCCGUCGAGUACGACCGAUACCGGUCGUAACGACGGCGGUAGCACUACGAGCACGACAACGAGCAAUACGACGGCCGGUGGAAGGCACAGAUCAACGGAAAAUCAAGUGGCCUUCGGGAGAAGACACCGAGCAGGUAGAAGAAGAGCCGGCGAGACGCGUUUGAGAGAAAGCCAGUCGUUGAAUCGAAUAACGGAGGUGCAAGAGGCCGAGGGCCCGUCGGCCUGUCACAAUCAUUCUCACGUAUCUCGCAACUCGACGAUCCUAAACGUCCAAAACGUUUCCACCUCGUCCUCCUCGAUAUCCCAAAGUAGCACCGGAUCUCACGGUAUUAGUCAACCGCUCUCGCACGCUGCUACGACCGUACAAAAAGCUAAGGGCUUUGGCGCUAGACUUUUGCAGGGUUGGUCCCUCGGCAAAUCUACUUUGUCGCAAGCUGUGAGCAGGCAGCAAGCGGAUAGCAACUCCACUGCUAAAGAGAUCAACAGAACGGAUCAACGAGCGAAGUGUCAGACUAUCGAAAGUUGUAACGACGACAGAAGAAAGGAUCUAAACGGUGGUCUGAUCAAUCAAACAGCUCCGAACGAGAAGGAAAAUCGUGGGACCUCGGUAAACAGGAACGACUGCAAAAGUAGAAAAAUUCGUUUGCUCAGCCGUUACUUCGCGGUUCACAAGAAGCUUUGCGUACCUCUACCGGGUCUCUUUGGGAAGGGUCGGCUCUACAAGGCUCGUUCUUGCGGCAACAUCGCCCGCGAUCGUGUCAGUCCGCCUUCGCCAAAAUCGGUGCUACUAUGUGCCGCCUCGGACGACAAAUGGCGGGAACGUCAUCAGUGGUGCGACACGAAGCAUCAGCAUCGUGGCAGCGACGGUGACAUCAAUCAAAAUCUUGGUCUUGCUCAUCUCGUGCAGGAAAGAGUAGUUGGUAAAGGCUGUACCGGUAUGCCAGCCGUAUGUCACAUCCAUUUGGGCGACGCCUCCAAAUGCUGCAGUCUUUGUUGAUGAACGCUCGAUCGAGACGAGCUAGAAAUUCCCA